AUGCUGGUAAAAAGCCUGGUGGCAGAGUGUCAUCCGGAGGAUUUGGAGGAGUGUUUCAAGACCCUUCGUAAGUUCCAUGUGAAACUUAAUCCUGCCAAAUGUGCUUUUGGAGUUUCUGCAGGAAAGUUCUUGGGCUACAUAGUACACCACCGAGGGAUUGAGGUGAACCCUACGAAGGUUAAAGCUAUCAUGGAUAUGCCAGCCCCGAGGACGGAAUACGAGGCCUUGUUGGCUGGUCUGAGGUUGGCUGAACAGUUGGGAGCUCAAAAUGUCGAGGUGAGUUCAAAUUCUAAUUUAGUGGUGCAACAGGUGAAUAGAGAAUAUGAAGCUCGAGAAAGUCAGAUGGCACGAUACUUGGCCAUGGUCAGAGAGCUGAUGACGCGUUUCCAACACGUAAAGGUGGAGUACGUCCCUCGGGCUAUGAACACGGAGGCGGACCUGUUGUCUCGAAUCGCUUCUUCCUCUUUCCCUAGGAGCUCUCGGGAAAUUCGGAUCGAGUCUCUUCUGCAAAAGAGUAUCGAAGAAGUCGCAGAUCAGUUAUGUGUAGAGGACGAGCCCAGCUGGAUGAACCCUUUGUUGUCGUAUUUGAAAGAAGAGAAACUCCCCGAAGACGAUUCGGAGGUUCGGGAGGUCAAACGAAAAGCUCGAAAUUUCAUGUUAGUCAGUGGGGAGCUAUACAGAAGGUCCUUUUCACAACCACUGCUCAAGUGUAUCUGA